AACAUAAACGAGACAGCCAUACAUCUCCCCUGACCCGAAAAAACACAAAAUUCACAUAACCGAAAACAAAAACAACGUCGAAAUGGAGGGAGGAGGUGCUGCGGCCCAGCAGGCAGACACGGAGAUGGAAGAGGCGCCAUCAGACCCUCAGCAGCCACCGGCGGCGGGGAUCGAGAACAUCCCGGUGACGUUGAGUCAUGGGGGAUGAUUUAUUCAGUACAACAUAUUUGGAAACAUAUUUGAAGUGACGGCGGAGUAUAGGCCGCCUAUUAUGCCCAUCGGGAAGGGCGCAUACGGCAUCGUUUGUUCAGCGUUGAAUUUGGAGACAAAUGAGCAUGUGGCAAUAAAGAUAGCAAAUGCAUUCGAUAAUAAGAUUGAUGCAAAGAGGACUCUUUGUGAGAUCAAGUUGCUUCGACACAUGGAUCAUGAAAACGUGAUCUGGCUGCAGAGUUUGAAAGUUAAGUACACAAACAACAACACGACUAUAGAUAUGGAGAAAAUAUUAAGAAGUUUGAAGAAUAAACUAUUCGAUCAUUUGUUUCACAAACUUGGGCCUCAUCAUGCCGCUAUGGCAUCAUAAACUUAUUGUAAUGAUAAGAGGCAUGUGAAGCUGGCAGGGUAGCAAUGUAAGCAAAGGAAAUCUACUAAAGCAGCAUGUGAUCAGUUCUGACAGUGGUAAGACAUUUCCAAAUGGAUAAAAGUUCUUGUAAAUA